GAGAGAGAGUGAGAGGAGCAGCAGGAGGAGCACGCACACACACACUCUCUCAGCGUCCCACACACCGCUCCAGACUGUCCUCGCGCUCGUCCUCUUGCCACAUCUGGAUUGCUUUGCUGUCCCGCGGGUUUAUUCAUCGGUUUCUCUCUCCUGCGCGCGCUCUCCUGGGCUGUUUUUUUUUCUUUUUUUUAAUUGUCUAAAGGACAUGGCUCUGCCUCAGCUGGGUUUCCUCUACGGGCUGGACGGAGCGCACGCGCCGCCGGACGGACUCUCCGAGGGCGCCGCCGCGCUCGCUCCCCUCUUCGCGCCCGCCUGGAGCGCGCGCGGCUACAGCGGCGCGUUCACGCGCACCGGAGCCGAGCUCGCGCUGCUAGCGCACAUGGGUUCUCAGUAUGAGCUGAAGGACUCUCCUGGUGCUCAGGCCGCAGGCCUGGCCCUCCACACCCCGCCUGCUUUUUACCCCUACAGCCACUACCAGUACGGCGACCCCAGCAGGGCUAAAAGCGCCACCAGAGAGACCACCAGCACCCUGAAGGCCUGGCUGCAGGAGCACAAGCGGAACCCGUACCCCACCAAGGGCGAGAAGAUCAUGCUGGCCAUCAUCACCAAAAUGACCCUCACGCAGGUGUCCACCUGGUUCGCCAACGCCCGGAGGAGGCUCAAGAAGGAGAACAAGGUCACGUGGGGGCGCAGCGCAGAUGACGUGCAGGUCGGGUUGUCCGAGAGUGAAAACGACGAGGAGGAGGACAAGAAUGAGGAAGAAGAGGAAGAGGAGGAAGAGAUCGACUUGGAAACCAUUGACAUAGACAAGGCUGAUGGAGAGCGAGCUGCUCUGAGCGACGAGAAAGUGGAGGAGCAGCAGAACAGCAGGGAAAACGCACAGACGCCACGGACAUCACCUUCUCCAGCGAUGAAGAACACAGCGAGCCCCGUGUCUGACAAAGCGCAGAGCGCUGGGGAGGUUUCUCCAGGGGCAGCGGCCUCUCACAGGCCCGCGAGCGCAAAGCCAAAGAUCUGGUCACUAGCGGAAACGGCCACGAGUCCAGAUCACUGCCACAGAACCAGUCUCCCAUCAGCCACAGCGCACCCAGCCUUCCUCUCCACCAGCGGCAUCUACACGUGCCAGGUUGGAAGAGGGGCUAACUGGGCCUUCCUCAGCGCGAGCUCCCUUCUAGGGGUGCGCUCCAUGCUGGGAGGAAGCGAGAGUGAAAGCAGCCAGCACGCGCAACGCAGCGCCGUUACGCACGCCGUUACGCACAGGCCGCCGUGCGUAAAAGCGCACGACGAGGAGGCGUCCCGGAGCUUCAGGCCUCAACAGAGCGAUGAAGAAAACGUUGAAAGAGUUGAAUCUCCUGCACUUUCACUGAGGGCCCCAUUCCCGGUCAUUCACGAAAGGUCUCACCACGAAACAGCACAGCGGGCUCUGAAGAGCAUUUCCUGAAGACGCAAAUAUGACCUAGAGUUUACCUAAAUUAUUAACCUGUAUGGAUUUUUAAAAAGGCUCCACUUGCAUUCAAAUACAUCAAAAAGGUAUUUUAUAGCCCUGAAAUGUCCCCACACUGUAAACCCGUUUUAUUUUACAUUUAGCCCAAAUCCAGCAUGUGUGUGUUUACUGUGUAGCUCCUUUCCAUCAAUUUUUCAAGCUGAAAAGAGUUAUUUGUCAAAGGCCAGUGGGUGUAAAUGAUAUA